AAUCAAAAUUUCUGGCCCAGGACAACCGGGCGUGGCGAAUUCACUGAGAUUGAACUGUACAAAAAAAAUUCCCCAAUAUAUAUACGCACGCAUACAUGUCUGGUUUUUGUUUUCUGCAUCUUUGUCAUAUUAUUGAUCGAUUGAUUGUGUUGAAAUGUUUGUGAUGAUAAAGGUCGGAUUGAAAUGAGAUUUGGGGAUGUGAACUCAGGAUCUGACAAACCCUAAAUAUUCAUCCUCAGCUUUGGAAACUCAACUUACAAAGAAAACAACCAACUUUUCCCAACCAUUUGCUUCACUCAAAGAGGUAGUUGCUGGACUGAUUAACUGGUCUUACUUUGGACGAGUAGACAGAUAUUUGCGGACAAUUGAGUCCAAAUAUGCAUGCAAGGAAUCGUAGUCCGGGAAAUGGAUACAGGGCUAACGCAGUGGUGAUGGGUGGGGUGGCCACUACGUCCAGGAUUUCGCCUGAGAGUUCAAUGAGAGGUCAUGGAGGUUACAAUUCUGAGUAUAGGGGAUAUAUUCGGGGUGGGUUUGGACGCGGGCAGUCGAGACAGUCGCACCGGUCACAGCCUCCUCCUCCUCCUCCUCCGCCACAAAAGGGUGGUGGUGACAUUUUUAUGGAAGCUGGUAGGUUAGCCGCUGAGUACCUAGUUUCGAAGGGAUUACUGCCAGCCCAUGUACUGUCCGGGAAAUCGCAAAAUGGUAGUUUGAAGAACCAGGUUUGGGCGCAAGAGGGAGAUGCUGAGCAGCUUUCUUUGGAGGGUCGCACGUCGGCUCUCUCACGUUUGGGAGGCCCUGGUCCUGACUCGGGGCCUGGUCGGAGACGAUAUAUGGAGGAGUACAACUCAAAAAACAUUCUGAGAGGAAGGAGAAGAAAUGGAUCCUUCAAAAACUAUGGCUCUGACUGGAGCCGAGAUGUUGGAAGAAGCGGAUCAUGGUCUGAGAGGUCUAGGGCUUCUGUGGAUGGGGAGGAUGACUGUGAUGUCCUCUCAAGACAUCGGGAAGAGCAGCAGAUCAGUAAUGACGAUGACAGUGUGUCACAGAAUUCCAUUCCCGUACUAGCCCCAGAAAAUGAUGUUGCUGGCGCCAAAGAAAGUAACAGUGUUGGUAAUACGCAGUCUGCCUCAGAAAAAUACGAGCCAAGAGAUGAUGCAAAAGCAAGUGCUGUUACCAGCACAAAAGAUCUCCCAUUGAAGACCAGUGAGGAACCUAUAGAGAAGGACGACACAAAAGUAUCUAAUGCAGAGGCAGAAGACGUUAAGGAUGAUCAAAUGGGGCUACAAAACGCUAAGGACGACAUGGCAAUUGUGGCUUCUUUGGGGGAGGGGGCCCCUUCGAGUGAGAAGAAUGGUGAUUUACUAAAGCUUAGCCAUUUUGCUAAAGUUCCUACCAGACCUCGUUCUUCGAUGGUAGUUAGAGUUGCAAAGGUUGAUCCUGGUCCUAUGAUUGUGGAUGAGAGCCCUAAUGAGGGUAAACCUUUUAAAAAAGAUACGGAUGAUUUAAAUGUUGAUGAUCUGUCUGAAGAUGGCUCAUCAAAUCAUACAUAUGAUUCAAAUGCACUCAACUUGGAUAAUUUGACAGUGCCAGCUCCUGGAGAUAAAUUGGGCACAUCAUAUUCUCCAGUCCAAGGAGGCUGCACGGCAUCUGUAUCUUACCUAGAUAGACCUUCAAUAAAAGAGCAUGAGGAACCUGAUUUUGGAGGGAUCAACAGAGUGAUGAUGGAGCGUGGUGAAAAGCGAGCACUAGAUGAUAGCAACUCCAGUAUGGGAAGUAAAAAGCCCAGAGAAUUGGCUUCUUUUGAAGAUGCUGAAUCUGAUGGCGGCAUAAGCACGUUGGACCCAUUGGAUAAUCAACAGACUUCAGAAGAACCAACGACCUCAGAAGGUCAGGCAGUAACUCUGCCCUCUGAUGAUAAGAGGUUGUUAGGCAUUUCUUUGUAUCCUAAAGGUGAUAUAGGACCAAGCAUGGACUAUGCAGAAGAGAAGCAGCUAUUUCCGGGUUCAUUCAAAACUUGCGACCUCAAUCUUAUGGAAGCUUCUGAUGCUAAUGAGAAUCAUGAUAAUAAUCCAGUUCUCAUCUUCCCAUCUGACACAGAAAAGGGGAAACAAGCUAUUCCUGUUGAUAUUGAUUUGUCCAUGAGCAACAAUCCUAGGGGAUCUAAUAGAUAUGGUAAAUGCAUUGUUGAUGGCAAAGACAUUGAAGUGAUAGAUUUAGAAAAUGAUUCAGCGCAAGAAGACAAGGACUCAAAUAAUUCUGAGAGAAGAACCGAAAAUGUGUACUCUGGCCUGGCUGGAUUUUCCAACAAUUCUGUCAAUGCAAAUGAUAUCCCUGAUGUCCAGGAUGGUUAUGGACUCAUGAUAUCGGAGUUGCUGGGAAAUGAUAUUCCAAAUUGUUCCUCUGUACCAGCUGACAUGAAUUCUCUGCACAAUGAAAUGGGCCUUCAUAAUGGAGAGGGGAUUCUUGGUGACGAUGAUUCUAUUUAUAUGUCCCUCGGAGAAAUACCAAUAAGCUUUUUGAGGGUCUGGGAGCAGCCGUCACAGGAAUAUGGGAAACCAUUUUGAGCUAUUGUGUUCUGCUGUUGGUUGAAUGUUUAAUGACAUUGUUGCUGGUGUGCUGGGUCUCAAUUGUUUAGGAUGUAGAAAAAAUAAUUUAAUUCUAGUUUUAUUGUAGCGAAUACAAAUCUUUUAACAUUAUCUUGUUGUAAUAUCAUAUGUCAUGUAGUA